GGUAAUAUUCGGCCAAUGCCAACUAGCUACAAACGGCAUCGGAAACGGUACCAUUCAGUUAAUUACAACAAACGGCGUAGCUGUUCUAUCUGAUGUGCUCAGCAGAUUGACGACCUUGGUGCUUCCAGAUACUUCAAUCCAACAGUAUAACUCGCCACAGUGAAUAUGUUCACGUGGAGACUGCUAUAUGCCCUAUUGGUAUCGGGCCUCACAAUGUACACGCACAUUCGAGGCGAUGCCGGUACAACACUCAGCACCCUUUUCAAGGACUUCCACGCAUGGCGGUUGGAGGACACCCCGCAGUUUGCCAACCACGGUGACAGCCUCUGGGACCUCAGUACAUCACGGAUGAUAGAGAGACGUAAUACAGCGGAGCACUUCCUAGAAAACCUUGAGCAGAUUGACCAAACCGAACUGUCUGCCUCUGAUUUGAUUAGUUAUCGGAUCCUCAAUCAGGUGCUGACCACGUAUAUUAAAGGCUUCAAGUGGAGCAGAUUCGGGUUACUCAAUCCUCUCGACUUCCUGGAGGGUAUACAGCUUGAUCCGGACCAGGUGAUGCAGGAUGAACCCUUCCUUACACGUGCCGACUAUGAUAACUUCAUCGUCCGUCUUCAGAAUACUCCAUUCCAGGUCAACCAGUACAUAGAGCUGUGCAGAUCAGCAAUAGCAAUGGACGGGACGUCAUCAAACUCGUCAGUGGAUCGUGUGCCGACAGAGCGGUUGGACCUGGACCCAGAACAUUCGGCCUUAUAUCAACCAUUCGCAGCCCAUCUUCAACAAUUGCCAAUGGAUAUUCAAGUCAAAAGGGAUUUGAGAGGGAGAGCGCACGUGGCAAUCCUAGGUGUACUUAAUACACUCUACCUUUGGAAGACAUUCCUUGAAAAAGUAAAUUUGCAGGAACAUAUCCCAAACACUAGGCCAAAAUCGGGUGCGGGAUCUUUUCUCUUCGAACUGGACUAUUACAAAGCGUGUCUCGAAUGGCAUCUGUCCAUAGACAUGAGCCCAGAGAGGGUUCACCAGAUAGGGCUGCAGGAGAUUGAGCGGAUCAAAGGGCUGAUUGACAAGGUUAUGGAAGGACAGAAUUUCAGUGGAUCGGCUGGUGAAUUCUUUGCAAUGUUUAGGAACAAGACGUCUUUGCAUCUGCAAACAGAGGACGAACUGCUGGAAACUUACCAGAAAAUUGUGAAUGAGACUGUGAAGCCCCGACUGCCUGAGAUGUUCAAGAAUCUCCCCGAUCUACCUUUGAAGGUGAAGGCUAUGGAGAACGAUGGUCCAUUGGCGAUGUAUGCACCCAUGUCCGCUGAUGGCUCACGGCCCGGUACAUUCUUCAUCAAUCUACAUCGAUCUGAAGAAAGGGGGACAUACGUCAUGGUGCCCAUCACGCUGCAUGAAUCAAUACCCGGCCACCACCUCCAGACCAGCUACGAGCUGAAAGCGAUCCCGCCAAGUAUCCAGCACAAGUUCCACUUCCCCUACUACACAGCCUAUAUUGAGGGCUGGGCAACGUACGCUGAAUCACUCGGAGAAGAACUUAAUCUCUAUCAGGACGCCACUACACUCAUGGGGAGGUACAGUCUAGAGAUGGUGCGGGCUUGCAGACUGGUCGUGGAUACAGGACUACAUUAUUAUGGGUGGAGCCCCGAAGACGCCAUUCAGUACAUGCUAAACUACACAACACUACCAAGGGUGGAUAUAACCAAAGAGGUCGACCGAUAUAUCGGGUUGCCAGGCCAGGCAUGCGCAUACAAGAUUGGUGAAAUCAAAAUCAAAGAGUUGCGGAAGAGGGCACAGGAUGCGUUAGGUGAGCAGUUUGACAUCCGAGACUUCCACUCCGUGGUGCUGGAGAACGGCCCUGUGCCACUCACCAUCCUGGAGGAGAUCGUGGACGACUGGAUCCUAAACUACAACAGUAGUUCCACCACUGCUUACAAGUCUCCCACAGCGGAGGAGGCGAACACAGAUGCCGCCUAUACUCAACACGUCUCUUUUCUUAUGGCUCUGUGUCUCACCACACUCAGUCUCACAUCUCAGUGGCUGAGUUGAGUAAAAACAUAAAUAUAGAUUCCCACUGUCUCAAGCGACCUUGUGAAACCACAUAUUACCAUAAAUCUAAAAUAUACCGUAUAGCACGAGCCAUGUUGGAAUAACUUCAUCUCAUCCUGGUGGUAUUAAAUAUUACGAUAAUGGUGCUAUUUGGACAUCUGGUGGUUGAGUGCUCCAGGGGUACGCCGUCAUUCUGCUUAGAGAUCCACACGGAUAUCUUGACUCUUCAACUUAUCAUCAAUGCAAACAGUGACAGUAGUCUGUGUACGGUCACAUAUUGCUGGACUCAUCCACCUGUAUCCAUAUUGAUCCCCAUAAUGCCCCAUUUAUCCACAUGAUGCCAACAUGAGGAUAUUGUCUCUGUCUCUAACCUAAUCAGAACCAUCACGACACCAUUGUGGAAACUAACCUUAUCCACAUUAAUUUACAUAGCUUCGUCUAUGGCUCCGUUUCACCCAGUUAAAGGUUUGAUCUAUUCAGGGAGCGAUCUUAAUCUCAAGACAAUUUGGACUCCGGGAGUGUUCGAGCAGUCUUCGGAUAUCCGAUGUGUAUGAAUAAAAAACAUUUAUGCCAAUCAUGAAAAUUUUAUUCAUCAUUAUCGAAAUUGAAAGAGAAUCAAUGAUCUGAUGUUAAUGAAAACCUUCCAGAACUGUUUCAGAGAACUUUUUGACGAUGCUAUGAGAGAGUUACGUGAGACCUCUUGUCCAAUAUACUUUUAAUUAAUAUUUUUGUUUACAACGUUCUGUUGUCAUUUUAGUUUUUCUUCCAAUGCGGAUUUUGUUUCUGGGUGUAUAUUUUACCUGAAUAAGUAUGAUUGUUUCUGGUCACA